AUGCCCAACGGAACAGCCGAUAUACCAGCCGGCACAUCAGCCAGCGGAUCAACCGAAGGAAGCCGACCGAUCAGCAUUCGUGAUGCAGCGGACAUCGUACCAGCAUUCAACGGCCGCAAUAUACCUGUUUAUCAAUUUGCAAAGAGCUGUUUUAAGGCGAAGAAUAUAAUCUCCCCAAAUGCUGAGUACGGAUUGGUGCAGCUGAUCAAGAACAAAUUUUACGGGCAAGCUUCAAGAGUGGUACAAAACGGAGACUACGACACUAUUGAAGAAUUAAUUGCCGUAAUAAAGUCUCGUUUCGCCCCGCUGUUCACUUCAAUGCAGCUAUGUGGCGAUAUGGCAAGGAUGGUACAAGCGCCGACCGAGGCAGUCGUAGACUACGGCAGCCGCGUUUCGGGACUCUUGAUACAGAUCAAGAGUUGCAACGAGAUGGAGUUCCCAGAUCAGGUUGAAAGAUACAACCAAUCCUCGGAAACAAAUACCGUCAGAGCAUUCCUGACAGGUUUAAAACAAGAGGUAUAUAGUCGGAUGAGAAAUCAAAAUUUUGACAGUCUUGAAGAUGCAAUAAGCGCAGCAAUCCUAGCAGAAGCUGAGAGCAUAGAGAACCUAACGAAGGUUAAAUUAUCGCAAGGAUUCAUUACAGCCGAACAAUGCAACAAUUGUUACGGAUAUGGGCACAAUACCAGUGUAUGCUGCAGUCAGAGGUUCCAAAGACAAUCCACGUCGAGGGCCCACUGGCCAGCAAAAUACUGUCAGCACUGCCAAAGGUCCGGGCACACCUUGGAAACCUGCUGGUUUAAAGACCAGCAAGGAAGACCAGGGGUCCCUCAGGAUUUUGCGCAGCCAAAUCAAGCCCACAAGAAUCAACCUAUGCCAAGGCAGAAUCGAAAUUGGACACAAAAUAGAGCGCCAAUUUGCGAAUUUUGCCAAAACAUCGGCCAUACGAUUCAAGAGUGCCGAAAGAAAGCAUAUCAGGAGCGUGUCAAAAGUCAAAGACUCCAGCAAACUCCACAAGUACAACAGGUACGUAAGAAAGCGAACUUAUACCUGAACUUAGGAGAGAUAAAUAAGUCUCCCAGUGUCGAACUAUCAAGCGAAAAUUUCAAAAAUCAAAAGGCAUUAUUCAUGGUCGACACAGGCUCCAUUUACACUACAGGAUACAUCAAAGUAAAAAUACUGGAGACAGAAUCCAUCUUCCACAUUAUUGAAGAAUUACCAAUUGAACAAGACGGAAUUUUAGGCACGGAAUACUUUAAAAGCAGUGGAGCUAGCAUCAAUUACGCUAAAUCUAUAUUGAUCGUAAACAACAAUAUAAUACCGUUCAAACAACCAGCAGUAGUAAUACCAUCCAGGACAAAAACCAUGAUACCCAUAAAGGUGUCAAACACAGAAAUAAAAACCGGUUUUGUCCCAAAACUGCAGCUUCACCCACAACUAUAUAUGGGGAAUGCUGUAGUCACGAACCGGGAUGGCAUAGCAUUUCUAUACGCAAUCAACGUUGGAGCAGAAGAUAUAGAAAUUGAAAUGCCAGCUGUUGAACUGCAACAAUAUGAAGAAGCACCACAAGAUGAAGAUGCAGUCCACCAAGAACCUGAGCGAGCCCAAAAGAUUCUAAAGAUACUACAGACAGACCAUCUCAAUCAAGAAGAAUUUGCCAAUGUAGAGGAUAUAGUAAAAGAGCACGCUGACAGAUUUUAUAUAGAUGGAGAUAAACUCCCAGCAACAAAUAAAAUCUACCAUAGAAUCAUCACAACGGAUGAGAUGCCUGUAAACGUUAAACAAUACAGGUAUCCUCAUGCGUUAAAAGACGAAAUCAAUCAUCAAGUAAAUGAUCUCCUUGAGAAAGGAAUAAUCAAACAUUCAUCGUCACCAUUUAACUCCCCCUUGUGGAUAGUACCUAAGAAACAGGAUUCAAAGGGAAACAAAUUGUGGAGAUUGGUGAUUGAUUUCCGAAAGCUAAACGAAAAAACAAUCAGCGAUGCCUAUCCACUACCGAAUAUUACAGACAUCCUGGAUCAAGUGGGAAGCGCAAAAUACUUCUCCGUGUUUGAUUUGAAGUCCAGUUUUCAUCAAACACCAAUGCAUCCAGAAGACAAGCAUAAGACGGCAUUUUCGACACCAUUUGGGCACUUUGAAUUCAACAGAAUGCCUUUUGGGUUGAAAAAUGCUGCAGCUACGUUCCAACGUCUGAUGAACAACGUCCUAGACGGACUGCAAGGACUGGAACUAUUCGUGUUCAUCGAUGACAUUGUAGUUUAUGCAAGUUCGUUACAAGAACACGAAACCAAAGUCAAUAGGAUGAUGGCAAAGCUCAGAGAAGCAAACUUAUGCUUGCAACCUGACAAAUGCCAAUUUCUGAAGAAAGAAGUAGCGUACCUGGGUCACAUAAUUACAGAAGACGGUGUAAAACCUGACCCAGCAAAGGUUGAAGCAGUCCAGAGGUUCCCCAUUCCUAAGACUGUCAAAAACAUUAGACAAUUUCUGGGAUUGUGCGGAUACUACAGACGUUUUAUUAAAGACUUCUCUAAGAUAGCCAAGCCAUUAUCCGACCUGAUGAAGAAAGAACAAAAAUUCGAGUGGUCCAGCCAACAGCAGCAAGCCUUCGAAUUCUUGAGAAACGUACUAUGCGAAGAACCGAUCCUGCAAUAUCCAGACUUUGAGAGACCAUUUAAUAUAACCACUGAUGCAUCCGGAACAGCGGUAGGAGCAGUCCUAAGUCAAGGAGAGAUAGGAAAGGAUCAGCCAGUAGCUUACGCCUCAAGAGUAAUGAAUAAGCCGGAAACGCAAUAUUCCGCAACAGAGAGAGAAUUACUUGCUGUAAUAUUUGCAGUAAAUCACUUCAGACCAUAUAUAUUUGGCAGGAAGUUUUAUCUAAUUACAGAUCACAAACCAUUGAUCUGGCUAAAUAGUCUCACAGAUCCUACAUCGAGACUCAUGCGAUGGAAAUUGAGAUUGAGCGAGUACGAUUAUGAAAUAAAGUACAAACCAGGCAAACAAAAUAUAAACGCUGACGCUCUUUCGAGAAAUCCAAUCGAAGAUAUAAACGCCCUGCAAAUACAUGCUAAGAGGCUGCAUUCGUCUACGUCUGGGUCAAAAAAGAAGCGUAAGAAGAAGAAAGAGUGGCACCAAUAUCCCACUCGCCCCAGACAAACGACGACCACUUCAGAAUCGGGCAAACACAAGAAAAGGAAAGAGUGGCACCAAUAUCCCACUCGCCCAAGACAAACAACAACCACGUCAGAAUCAAGAGAAUUCAAAAAGAAAAAGGAAUCACACCAGUAUCCUACCAGACUCAGACCAACAACUACGACUGAGUCUGAAGAACACAAAAAGAAGAAAGAAUGGCAUCAAUAUCCUAGAAGACCAAGGCCAACAACUUCAUCUAGUUCACGGGAUAUUAAGAAAAGGAAAAUAAGCCAUAAACAUUUAACACGACCACGAGACGAUUCCUCAGAAUUCGAAACAAGAAAAAAAUAUCGGAAAGACAGGAUACGAGAAAGAAGUUUUUCUCAAGAGGACAACGCAGCAAAGAAAAGAGUAAUAGAGGAUUAUACAAGCUCAGAUGGAUCUCAAUAUUAUGAGACAGAUGUAUCUGAAGAGCCACCAAAACCAAGAAAAAGAACAAAUUUAAAUCCAAAAAUAUAUUCCUCUGAAGAGAUCAGAAAGAAAAGAAGACCUAAUGAACAGCAAGUCAUUGUAGAAGUACAUCAACCACCACAGGAUCGAAAAUAUAUCAUUCCACAGAAAAGACCUAUAAAUAAGGAACCAGUAAUAAUUGGAGAUGAAAUAGAAGAAUACAACGAAGAAACAAUUAUACCGAAACACAUUUUCAGAGAACCACCUAAAAUCGAUUCUUCUUCAAGCACAAGAGGAAGAUCUCCAAAGAAACCGAAGACCAUCUAUGGAUGA